AUGUGGUCUGCGGUGGGUGCGUGUCCGCGCAGCCGGCACCGCUUGCGGCGCAGGACCAUUGCGACUGUGCGUGUGGCGCUGCUUGUUCUGUUGGCGCUGGUUGCGGCGGCGUGGAUGCCCGCGGUGCAUGCGGUGCCGUUGCGACUGCGGGGCGGUACGGUGGAGAGAGCCAUCACGGUGGGCCGCGCCGUGGACACGGUGCUGAUGGACGGCGUGUACGUCACGAACGGCGUGGCUGUGGUGUUCGACGUGCCGGCGAUGCUUCCCGGCGCGCUGCGCAUCGAAUUGAGGAACUGCGUGUGCGACGGCGGUGCGCAGAUCUACGUGCGGGGCUACAGCGGUGAGCCGGCGAGUGACCGGAGCCUGGAGGUGAGCGUGCGCGGGCUGUCGGGGAGCUACUGCUCGCUCGUGUUUGUGCACAACCUGCCGGCACACACGAACGUGACGGUCCGUGACUCGACGAUUGUGACGGCGGGGCCGAUGCGCUACACCCAGCUGAGCGGGCUGACGGACGCGGUGGCGUCGCCGCUUGUGCUGCACGCGAUGUCGCUAUUGCAGUCGCAGCUGCGUGUGAGCAACACUGUGCUGAGGUCGUCGCAUGCGGGCGGGACGGCGGUGCACGUUGGCGGCGGUGUGGACCUGCUGUCGAGCGCGGUGGUGCUUGACGGCGUGUCGCUGGAGGCGUCGGGCGGUCCGACCGCGUCCGCGAUGAAUGUGUCAUCCUCGUCGCGUCUCAGUCUGCGUAACCACUCGGUGUUCUCCGUGACGAGCGUGUCGGUUGUGAGCAGCGGCGGCGGCAUUGUGCUUGGCGAGCGCCUCGCGGUGUCCGACUCGGUGCUGCGCUUCGUGGGCGUCGAGGGGUCUGCUGCGUCGUCGCUGGUGCGCUGCGACGGUGGGACGGUCGGUGCCGGCGGGUGGCUGGAGCUGCACGACGUGUGGGCGGUGGGCGAGGCGUCGUCGGUGGCGUCGCUGUCGGGUGUGACGCUGAGCGGCGGCGCCGUGUCUAUUGCUCGCUGCGCUGCCACUGGUGCGACGCUUGUCUCCGGGCUGACGAUCACGAGCGGCGCUGUGUCCGUGCAGUGCAACCGUGCUGGCGGCCGCGUGCUGCAGAGCAGCGGCGACUACCGCAUGGCCGGCCUGUCCUCCGUGAGCGUGGUGCCGUGCGACGGCUGUGCGGCUGCGCUGGCGUGCUUCGAUGCGCUGACGGCGUCGUUCUCCGAGUGCGUGUGCAGCUGCCGCGCCGGCGGUGUGGGCGACGCGUGCCUGCCGUUCGACGUGCCGCCUGCGAGGGCCGGCGGUGGUGGUGGCGGUGCGCAGGACUGCGUGAGUGGCGUGACGCUGACGGAGUCCGUGACGGUUGGCGGCGGGCGUGCGACGACGUGCUUCGACUCGGUGGUGUUCAGCGGGCCGAUCACUGUGGCGGUGGAUCUGCGUUCGAUGGACGCGUUUGCUGACGCGCUGAACGUGACGCUUCGCCACUGCGUGCUUGCGGGCGGCGCAAAGCUGCGGAUUGGCGGCCUCAGCGAGAUCACGGCGCACCUGGUUCCUCACGCCCUCGUCAACAUGACGAACGUGACGUCGCUGGAGGGCACGAUUGUGCUGCAUGGCGCGAUGCCGCCGAACUCGAGUGUGCUGCUGGCGAACUCAACGCUGCGCGCGACGGUUGGCGGGUCGCAGUACGUGCCGACGACCCCUGGCCACGAGAAAUCCCGCUACGGCCCCGCGCUUGUCCUGGACGGCGUCCGGCUUCUGUCGACGUGUUUUGUCAUGACGCGUUCGAAGCUGGUGUGUGGCGGGGGUUCGUGCGCUGCGAUCCUUGUGGAGCGUGGCCUCGGUGUGAACCUGUCCAGCGUCUUCUACAUGGACAACUGCGCCGUCAAUUCGCAGAUGCACGUGAUGUACGCCCUUGCGUCGGACCUGCGUGUUGGCGGCGGCUCCGUGUUCUCCGUACAGAACAGCUCGUGGAGUGCGCCGAGCACCGAGUACUACAAAGGCGCGUGUGUGUUUGGGGACGUUGCGGUGGAUGGCGGCAGCGUGCUGCAGGUUGUGUCCAGCAGUUUCCGUCUCGGCUUUGCCAUGCUCAUGGCAACCACGCUGACAGUGACUGGCGGCAGCUGGCUGGUGCACCGCGACAACGCGUUCCGCACCGCCUACGUUGUGCACGUGGACAAAUACGACGGCGUGGCGUUCCGCGAUCGGAGUGUGUGGUCGAUACUUUACAACGACUUUGGGUACGGCUCCUAUUCGUCGAUCACUGCAUACAUGACAAGCGGGUGGUCACCACCAUCCGACACGCGCCCGAUCAUCUACGGCACGUGCAACAAGGUAAAGAGAUCUCCCGUGACGAAUUACAGAAACGAGCUCAAUAUUGUGGCGCCCGUGACGGCAUUGGACUGUGGAAAUUGCACCGUGGGCGCCGUGUGCUUUGCUGCGAGGACGAGCAGCGUCAGCGGCUGUGAGUGUGUGUGCGCUGCUGGCGGAUACGGUGACACGUGUCUGCCAGCUGCGGUUCCGGACGGUCUUGGGCCGCUCCCGCUCCCUGACGCGAAGGACACGGAGGUCCGCUGCGUUUACGGUGGCAGGAUCAGCUCCGUGGACUAUCCUGAUCCCGGUGUGCGUGGUCUGUGCUUUGUCAGCGUGACCUUCACCGCUGCGAUUGUGCUGGACCUGUGGAGCUUCGACGCGCCAGGAAAGACACUCAACAUCACGCUGCUGCAGUGCGUCCUCAUGGGCCUGUCGAUCAAGGGGAGUGGUGCGCGCGUGCACGUGAAUGUGGCAUUCUCGAUGCUGGAUUCUGGUGCAUUGGAGUUUGAGGGUGAUUUUGGCUUGAGCUCCCAGAUACUGGUGGCAGGCAGUAAGCUCUUGUCAAAGUCGGGUUACGCCAUUAAAUUUCCAAGGUUUACUUUGGGUGCGAACACGACGCUGCUGCUGCUCGACAACAACAUGGAGGGGGUGAGUUCCGCAGUUUAUUUCCCCGUUGCUGUUGUUGUUGAUGGGGGCGGGAUCAUUAUGAAGGGAAAUAUGCUGAAGUCAACAAAGAGCGGUUACAGCUCGGAGUCGGCCGUUUAUUAUAACGGUGUUGAUGUGAAGAACGGCGGCUAUAUUGACGUCGAGAACAACACGAUGAGUGCAGCCAUCGGCAUUUAUUUUCAUUCUUUGGUUUCUGUGAGCUCCGCGGGGCUGCUGAGGGUGGCGGACUGCACCUUCACUGGCAGCACGGAGACAUUCAAUUCUGCGCUGUUGUAUUUGUACGGCUCGGUCAUUUUUCAGGGUGGUGCGCAGUGGCGUGUGGAGGGCAACAACGUGAGCGCAGCUUCAGUAUUCAUUAUGCCGUCUUUCUGGUACAGUACUAGACUGUCGGGCAACGGCACCAUCGUGUCGCUUGCACACAACCGUCAGGCGGACUCUGGUAAAAAUUUUGCGAAGUUUUCAAGGACGUUUGUGACGUCACCCGCGCAGUUUUUGGUUGGGUGCAACAUGCAGGGCGAGAAGGAGGUGUCGCGCAGCUUUUUUUAUCCGAGUGUCGUGUUAGUGUUUGGGUGCGGCAAAUGCAACGACGACACGGCGUGCUACAUGCCCGGGACGGAGUCGGUGAACCGCACUUCAUGCUCGUGCAGCUGCAAAAACGGAUGGCAUGGCGCGUCGUGUCUUCCCUUCGCGGUGCCCGACACGGUUGUGCCGCCCGCGCCGGAGAAAUAUGUGGACGGCGACACGAGCUGCGUGGUGAACCAGACGCUGACGAGCCUCACGCUGAACAUGUGGAAGACGCACCACUGCUACGUGGGUGUGACAUUCAGCGGCGUGGGUGCUGCGCUGACUUUCUCUCCCAACAGUAUGCCGCUGCAUCUCCCCAUCAACAUCACGCUCACUGGGUGCACAUUCCGUGACGGAGCCGCGCUGCAGUUUGUUGGGGGCACUGAGGUGGCCGAGUCGGCCGGCGUCCUGAUCCGCGUGAGCCAGACGGUGAUGCGGUCCUCCGUUGUUCUAUUUAGGCGUGCCCUCCCGCAGCACUGCGACAUUGCCGUCACGGAGGUUGACGCGGUGCAGUCCUCCGAUAUCCAGCUUUCAGGCACUGCAAGCAGCAGGCUGAGCGUGGUGAUGCUGGACGACGUCGUGUUGACUGCGUCCUCGCUGCUGGUCAGCAACGUCAAGGCGCGUGCUUUGGGUUACAGUGGAUAUGGUUUGUACUCGACCGGGACACUGACGCUGGUGGGCGGCAGCUCGCUGUACACGCGGUACUGCAGCUUUGAUAAAUACACAUACAUGUUGUACAUGUAUAGGCUCAUUGCCAGUGAUCGCUCCGUUUUUGCGCUGCUCAACAAUACGAUGGCCACCGGGACAAGUUUCCUGUACCAGUACCACGACUUCACCGUGUCGAAUCACAGCGUGGUGCGCGUGGUGGGGAACAGCGGCUCCGUGUCCUACGCCAUCUAUGCAUAUAAUUCUUGGACCGUCCGGAAUUCAAGCUGGCUGGAUUGGCGCGACAACGACGUGGGAUUGGGUGCGAUGUUCUACUACUCUUCUUUUUACGCUUCCGUGAACAUCGAUGGCAGCAGUGUGGUGACGCUGACGGGCUGCAAGAUGGGCUCAACGGGGUCGUCUAAGCCUCUGCUGUCGCGGAUUGACGCCGGCUACGGGUUCGUUGCCGGAUGUCUGACGGUUGCGGGACGUGUGCUGACGACGGCGGCUGAACUGGAGCUGAAUGGCAUCACCAACGUGACGACGGUUGCUACUUGCGGGGAAUGCACGAGGGACGGCGACUGCUUUGCUCCGCUGACGACGGCUGUCAGCGACUGCAAGUGCCAGUGCGCUGCUGGAGGGCACGGCGAUGUGUGCGUCCCGGCGCCUGUGCCUGCUGGCCCACCACCACCGCCACCGCCGCCCGCACCACCGUCACCGCCGCCGAAUGGAGAGUGCAUCAGCGACGUGGUGUACCCCGAGGUUGCGCAGGCAGUGGGCAGCGGGUUGUCGUGGCUGUGCUACCGCAACGUGACGUUCAGCGGGGGCGGCAUGAUCCUGACGGUGCUGAUUGGGGGGAUGACGGGCGACGUGGCGAAUGUCACGUUUGAUGGAUGCACGUGGAGGGACGGCGCCGUGCUGGUGCUGUUGGGCAACGCGCACGCCGCUGUGGAGUCGCUGAACGUUUUUGUCACCGGCAACACGUUCGAUGACGCGCUUCUUAGCCCGGAGGGUGAUUUUCCACCGCACACGAACAUCACGAUCAGCGGGAACCGCUUCACUGUCACGAGGCUGGUCUCUCGGUCGGGCUUGGACCUUGACAGCCCGUCGUGUGUUGCGAUGAAUGGUCUGGUGGUCAGCAAUGACUCCGCGGUGGUGCUCAGUGGCAAUGUGUUUCAGAGCGUGACGGCAUCUUCAAGCGCCAUUCACGCUGCAGGAUCUCCGCUGAGGGUGUUGUGGCACUCCCUGUUUGCUGUGAUGGACAACAUGUUUCAUAUGGACGGCGGUGGCGCUACGGUGAUAUAUCUUGGAGGGUCUGGCCAAUCCUCGUCGCUGGAUGUACUGAACAACUCCGCCGUGGUGGUCCGAGACAACAUUGUGUCGAGGCCGGUGCAGUACUUCAUAUUAUUUUUCUGGGCAUUACGUGUGGAGUCCUGGUCAGCGUUUGUGUUUCAGGGCAAUGACAUGCAGGGAAGCUUUAAUGUGUUUCGUUCAAUGUUUCUUUCCUAUGUCUACUACAACUCCUGGCUGCAGUUGAGCGGCAACCUCUGCCGUGAUUCCCCAUCGGAUGCCUUUGCCUACGCAUACCCCGGGGUGAAUCUACGGAGCUCCACGGUGUCUGUGUCCGGCAACAAAUUCAUUUCCAGCACGGGCACGCCGAAGGUGCUUUGGAUAUUAUUAGGGUCCAGCGAUCUCACAAACGGAACGGUUGUGGCCGCGUGCAACACUGUGAACGGCGGUGAGAGAGUGAAAUACGACAUCCCGUCCGUGUACAAUGCGGCCAUUCUGAACUGCAGCGACCCAUGCACCCUCGCGGCGUCGUGUUUUCCUGCGUACACGGCGACGGCGUCGAGUGGUGGCUGCGCCUGCACGUGCGCUGAGGGCGGCCACGGCGAUGCGUGCCUGCCCGUCGCUGUUCCCGAGCCCUCAAGCACUGACGGUGCCGACUCGUGCGUGCAGGACGUGAUUGUGGAUGAGGAAGUGAACGCCGGUUUCGGGACGUCGUUGGUGUGCUACGUUGGUGUGACCUUUGCGGCGGACGUCGUGGUGGACGUGGGCUUGAUGUCAGGGAGCGUGCGCAACGUGACGCUGGUGAACUGCACGUUUUUGGGCGGAGCGAGCCUGUACGUUGUCGGGUGGCGUUCCGAACCGCCUGCUGGCCAGCGCGCCGAUGUGUUGAUCAGCGGGCUCGAGUCGCGCUCCGGCGGCGGCAUGGUGGUGGCGAACCGAUUUCCGCCGGGUUCGCGCGUCACUGUGGUGGACUCGGUGCUGAUUGCAGAGAAGCGUGUUGCGUACCGCGGCGCCUACGACCUUGGCGAUGCGUCCGCGUGCCUCGUGCUGCACAACGUGAAUCUGACGGGGAGCGUGCUAACGAUUGCGCGCACGCAGGUGGCGGCUGUGUUCGGCGACGCUGUUGGCGUGUUGGUGGUUGGCGGCGUGGCGCUGUCGUCGCGCGGAGCGCUGUACGUGGAUGCGCUGUCGGUGCAGACGGCGCUGGGGCUGUGCGUGUCGGUGGAGGGCGGUGUUGCGGCCAGCGGCGGCUCCGUGGUGGCGUUUGUUGACAGCGACUUUCUGCUGUGCAAGCACGCGGUGUCUGUGCGCGGGGCUGUGAGCGUGUCGGGCUCCGCCGUGGCGCUUGUGCGGAGCGACUUUGCGUCGACGGAGGACUACGCGGUGGCGUUUGAUUCGACGGUGAGCCUGGUCGGCGGGUCGAUGCUGCUGCUGAAGGGCAACGUGCACGACGGCGUCUCGAGGGAGAUGCUCCACGCCGCUGGCGCCGUGACCGCUGCUGGGAGCACGCUGAGCUUUGUGCGCAACCGAGCGCUGCUGCCGCGGAUGCUGUCGGUAAACCUGUCGCUUGCGGCUGGGGCGCAUUUGAGGGUUGCAUGCAACGACGCUGGUGGGCGAGUCCUGUCGACGGCGGAGGAGUACGCAGCGGCGGGUUUUGGCGACGCUGGGAGCAUCGACGUUGCUGGGUGCGACGCCUGCGACGGGGACACGUACUGCUACGCGCCCGGGACGGCGACGGCGAGCAUGAAGGACGGUGUGUGCGUGUGCGCGUGCGGCAGCGGCGGGUACGGCGAGGCGUGCGUGCCUGUGGGAGCUCCCGCACUGCCGCCUGCCGUGGGCACUGCGUCGAGUGUGUUUGUCCGCGAGAACUUGACGGUGCGGUCGGUGUUCGUUGUGCCUGCCGGUGCGAGCGAGGUGACGCUGCGCCACGUUGUGCUGGACGGCGUGAGUCCUGUGCUCUACGUGCCGUGGAUGGCGCGUGACGGCGUGCGGAUCGUUGUGCAGAACGUGUCGCUGCGUAACGGCGCCGUGCUGUACGUGAUGGGCGGUGGAGCGUUGCGCGGUGCGGUGGCUGCGGGAAGCAACGAGAGCGGGCCGGUGGAGCUGUCCGUGUGCGAUGUGGAGGCGCUGAACGGUGCGCUUGUGCUGACCGGCACGUUUCCCGCGGGGUCCGUGCUGACGGUGACGGACUCCCUGCUGGUUUCCGCGAGGUCGACGCCGCUUGUGUAUCUUUCCGGCUCGCAGUCCUCACCGUACGCACCGGUGCUGGUGCUGUCGGGCCUGCGGCUUGUGCGGUCCGUGCUGGUUGUGUCUGGCGUUGCCCUCGUGACCGUGAUGACUGGUGGGCGGACGGUGGUGGUGGACGGCGCCGUGCUGGAGCUCGUCGGUGGCGGUGUUGCGCUGGACGCGGCUGUGUUCGGUGGCGAAUAUGCGUUGUACGCGAGUGCACGCGUGGUGGCGUCGGAGGGCGCUGUGCUGCGCGUGUCGGGGAGCCAGGUGUACGCCGCGCAUGGGUUGUUGUUCGACAACGGGGUGAUGGCCAACGCGUCCGCCGUCGUAGUGAACGACAACGCCGGUGCGCUGACCGAUGGCGCGCUGCUGGUGCUGCGGGAGAUGGCGUCGUUUGUGUCCGGGUCGUGGCUGUCGGUGCGCGGCAACAGCAUCAGUGGCAGGCUCCUGUCGGUGCCGUCGUACCCGCGCCGUGCGGAGCUUGUGCAGAGCACGCUGACGCUUCACAAGAACGCUGGCAGCGGACCCGUCGUGAUGGACGGCACCGUUGAGCUCGGGGACGCCGGCCGAGAGUUCGUCGUGGGGUGCCUGACGCUCAACGGGCAGGCGCUGCAGCCGAUCGACUACAGGUCCGCCGGCAUCAUCGGGGAAUUCCGCCCCGUGGCGUGCAGCGUGUGCGACGCCGACGUGAACUGCUUUGCUGCUGCGACGAGGGCGAUGUCGGGGUCGUGCCGCUGCCGCUGUGCUGAGGGCGGGUACGGGCGCGACUGCCUGCCUGUGUACCUGCCGCACGUGGACGGGUGCAACCGCACGCUCGAGAAACCGCUGCUGAGCCACACGGCAACGCUGACGGCGACGCGCAGCCUGACGCCAACGUGGACGCCAACACCGCCAACAACGAGCCUGAGCGCGACGCGCUACAGUCCGACGAACUACGGACCGACGGAGAAGCUGCAGGUGACGGAAACGGUGACGCUGCUGCCCACGCCGACCCCGGCAGCGUCGGUUACGGCGACGGUGCUGCCGACCGCGACAAUGACGGCAUCGGACUCACUGCCGACCCCGGCAGCGUCGGUUACGGCGACAGUGACGGCAUCGGAGUCACUGAGCAUGAGCCUGUCGGUGAGCAGCACACCGUGGUGGAGCGACGUGGCGUGCCCGACACUCGCCGUGACGACGACGGCGGCUGGUGGGAGCCUGACGCAGAACGACAUUCGCGGCGGUGGGAGCGCCGUCCCGACGCGGCUGAUGAUGGCGCUGCCGCCGCCGUUCCGCUGGACAAGCGACCCGCAGCUCGGCACGCACCUGAGCUUCGUGCCUGUGUCGACGGCGCAGCCGACCGGCUUUGGUGGUCCGUGGGGAGCGAUGCUGAGCAACGCAACGUGGGAGCGCAACGCGACGAAUCCUUUCACCGUCCUGGAGCUGGCUGUGCCCGUGCACCGCGGUUACUUCAUUGGUGCCGACGAGACGAUAGUCAUUCGCUGCGACGCUGUGGCGGUGUUUGGCGGCUGCAGGGGUGUGCUGCUUGGGUCUUUCACGAUCGCGUCCAACACGCCGCCUGCUGUUGCCAGCGCCCUCUCGGCGAUCACCGGCGUUGUUGCGGGUGCGACGGCUGUUGCCAUGGUGGUGACCGGCGGGCUGGGCUCCAUCCUGGAGGUGCAGGCGCUCGGCGUGUUCGCGAGGAUGUCGUGCGCCUCUGCGCAGGAGCGUGCGAGCACCGUUGCGCUGCCGUACUUCCUGUCGGUGUUCGCUGCCCUUGACCCGCUGUGGAUGGUGGUGGGCAACGCGCUGCUUGCCGCUGUGUUCGGCUGCGUGCACUACGGUGUGACGGCGGCCUUCCAGCGGUGGCGCGGCGUGGACGCGGCGACUGCGUGGGCGGCGAUGCGCUUCCCGAGCCUGACGUACGUCGUGGCUCACGCGAUGCACCUCGGCAUUUUCUUCGGCUCCGUGUUUGCAGUGGCGAUGCCCGGCGCCCGCGUGCAGCACUACGUGAUUGGUGUCGUUGGCGUGCUGUACGGUGUGGCGUUCCCUGCUGGCGUGUGCUACUUCAUUGCCCGCCACACGGGCGCGAGCUUUGCGAAGUACUGGCAGUUUUCGAGGAAGCCGCUGCACGAGCGCCUGCUGUACCCCGUCGGGUAUUGGCACCCCGCGGCGCAGCAGCGGAUGUACGGCGGUAUGCUGACGAACAUGAGGGGCAGCCACGUGUACUGGUGCGUGUUCCAGCUGUCGGUGCUGUGUGUGGUGGGCCUGAUUGCGGCUGUGCACCCGCCCGUGGGAGGCUGCCACGUCCUGUACUUCUGCAUGGCGGCUGUGCUGCUUGCGGGUGCGGGCGUGGUUGCCUUCACGAACAUGAUGCGCUCGGCCUUCCUGACGGUGAUGCGCACGGCGAGCUUUGUGCUCCUUGCGGCGCUGUGCCUGACCAGCGCGGCCAACCAUCUUGCGCCCAGCGACGGCGGUGCGAGGGCGUACGCGGCACUUCUGAUGCUGCUGACCACUGUGCUGCUUGCGGCCACUGUGUACUGUGCGGUUGUGUGGUACGUGGAGGACCGCCACUGGCAGGAACUGCGCGAGCCGCAGCGUGGCGAGCUGGAUGCGCUGCUGCACGAUGACGAGGAGAGCGACGAAGAGUUGCGGAAGCACCACGAACGGACAUCAUCGUCGUACGCUUCAGGCAGCGCCGGCGCGUCGUCGUACCGACCACCCGCACCGCCGCGGUGGGAACGCAUCAUUGUUAGCAACGAACGCAGCCCAGAUACCAUUGACCGUCAGCCGCAGCCACUGGCAGUCGACACCCACUCCAACGCAUUAAGCUUCCUGGACCGUGCAUCAACUACAAGUGGGAGCGUGAAUCACGCUAUCCCGUGA